AUGGCCAUAUCCACAUGGGCUCAACCCUUGUCUCCUGUGCUUGAUGUUGAAGGAAAACCUCUUAGAAGUGGUGUGGAAUACUAUAUACUUCCAGCUGAAACUGAUAUUGCUGGUGGUCUGACCAGUAUUUGUAAUGGUUCAUUUCCAUUUUAUGUCGGCCAAGAACCACUUGCACCAAAUGUGUCUCAAGGCACUCCUGUUAUUUUCAGACCCCGUUUUGCAGAUACUAUUAUAAGGGAGUCUAGGGACUUUACUAUUGCAUUUUCAGGAGCCACGACGUGCGCAGAUUCUUCUGCAUGGGAGGUAGUGGAGAAUCCAGAGACAAGAAAGAGAUAUAUUGCGACUGGAGGAAAGUUCAGACAACCCAGACCUAGAGUUUGGUACUUUAAUAUUGUCAAGAAUGAACAAGAUCUCUAUACUUUGGCCUGGUGCCAGAAUUGUACCAUCCGUUUUCCUGGUGCAGACUGCCGUCCUAGCUCAAGGUGUGUUUCUGCUGGUAUUGUUAAGGAGAAUGGAAAGAGAUUGUUGGUGUUGGAUGAUCCUGCAUUUCCUUUUGUAUUUAGAAGGGCUAAAGUUAUUCUCCCUGCUUCUACCAAAAAUAAUUAA